AAAAAGGAUUUGUGGAGGCUAGUCUUAAGCUCUAGGGAAUCUGUUGUACUUUGUGCUGUGAAUUUAUCUUUCUGUGUCAACCUGUCCUAAAAAGAGGUACUGUAGGAUAGGCCUAGGACCCCUAUAAGCCUAUUAUUCAAGUUGGCCCAGCAAACCGGUCAGUUACAAACUUUGUGGCAGGUCCCUGAAAUAAAAACUGCAUGAGGUUUCUGUCUUGUUUGUUUUAUGUCCUUGGGAUUUUAACUUUGUGACCAUGUGGGAGUUCUUUCUCUUAGUCUCCUUCAUCCAGAGGACAGGAAGCUGGAGGUUCACGUGAUAGCUGUAAAAAUUAUCCUGAGCAGUUGACAGCCUUUGUAAGCUUGAAAUGGGCUUCUCUAGUCUCCUUCGAGGAAAAACAACAGAAGCUAUCCAGCUCUGUGGCUCAGAAGCUAAGGCUUUGUCUUUUCACAGUGGGGACCCAGGUUCAAUUCUCACCUUAGGGAAUGAGUCCUUUCUGGUUUAAUAUCUAUGUGACCUUUGCCAUUUAUUGAUUCUCUUCCCCUCCAUAAACAGCUUCUGACUUCUCAUUUGAAUUUUCUUUCUCUGAGCUAUCUUUGGUGAGUCUAGAUCUGGUAAAAACUGCUUAUCACCUCUUUGAAAAUACCUCAUAUACCUGGGUUAAGUCAUAACCUUAGUUAAAGCUUACUGGUUUCAUCUGGGAGGCUACUGUUUGUGAAGUUCAAAAGCCAGAAAUAUUGGCUGUUUGUCCUGGCUGGAGUCUGGUAACAAGAUUUGGUUAAAAGUCAGCUUAAUUAAAAAUGGAUAUCCAAGCUAUACAUACGUUGAAAAGGCCUUUAUGGUUUGUUUUCUCUUCUUAGAUCUUAUUUUUCUGAAAAAAGUUUUUCUUUUCAGUCAACUGAAUUAUUUUCUCCAUUUUGUUUUCUUGACACUCUUGAUGCCCCAUCUGAGAGGACCUAAGAUAAAUUUUAAUAGCCUGGGACUCCUUGGGAAAAACAGGAGGUGCCACAGACCCCAUUUUGGGAGACACCUCUAUUUUCCUCAUGGACCCCUAGGAACUGAAAGCAGAUAGACCCCUCCCGAAACCUAAGGCUCUGUUCUAUUUCACAUUGUGUUAUCUGACAGUUGUGACUUUUGGGGAUAUCAGAAAUUAGUUUGCAUUGUAAGACAGCUUUUAGCCUUGCUAUAUAAUAACUAGGUGGGAAAUACAGUUUUAGGGAUGGCUAAUGGCAGCUAUGGGGGGGUACUUGGCCCUUUGCACAUUUGGAUCAGAAAAUCAUGCUCUUGGCCACCUAGAAGGUAUAGAAGCGUCCCCAGCCUCCAUUGAGAGAUAAGACUCCCAUGCGGGAUGGGCUGAUUCCCUCUCUUUGGGAUCCAGAAUCCAAUAUAAAAAUGGGACUCUUUCAUUUUGGGCAUCUGUUUUGCCUUCGGCUGUGCCUACUUAUUAGGCCUUAGAAACUGCAGGGUUUCCUGGCCCUGUUCCUUAAAGGGCUCCACCCUGAAGUCAGUAAUCGAAUUAAGAAACUUAAAAACUGGCAAAUGAAAAAUCUUACAACUACUGGAUCUUCUGUCUGUGUAUUUAUAUGUGUUGUGUGUGUGAUGUUGAUAUAUGAAAAAGCUCUGAUUAAUUGGCUUACAAAUAAUAAGUGCUUAAAUCAAAUAUUUUGUCAGGAAAAAUAGAAACAGUAACACCUUUUGGUUCACAUGACUUUAAUAAUCUUUGGGAAAUAAAGACAGUUUUAAAGAUUACUGGUAAAAUUAAAAUAUCUUCAAAAUUUAGAUAUUUAGUCUAAAUUAGGCAGGUCAGAUAUUAGGUAUGCUAAAAGCUUCAAGGUCAUAAACUGCAUCAUUGACUUUUGAAAAUUGUCCAGCUUACCUGCUUUGGGGUCAUUAGAUUCUAGAUAAGGCCUUGGACUUGUCAAGUUAGCCAUGCCCCCAGCUAUACUGGGAAGAGUCAGACCUUAUCUGCCCUUCUGCCUGGUGUCCUAGGCUCCACACUUGGAACAUAAUUUAAACGGCUUACUUACCAGGUUUUUUGCCAAAAAUAAAAGUUGCUAAGAGUUAACAUUGUAACAUAUGUAAUUGAGACUACUGGACAAACAGUUAUAUAUGCAAGGUGUGUAAGGAAAGUAGAAUGUACUUUUGGUAAGAAGACUGGAAGAAAGCAUGAGAAUGUGGAUUUGUUUCCCCCACUUUAGAGGGCUAAAGGAUUGUUUUAAGUUAGGUAGGAUAAAGCUGACGGUUUGAGCAAGUUGUGGAAGGUCUGUGAAAGAUUAAUCUUGUAAAAGAAAUUCUGUGUGAAUCUAUUGGCUAACGUUAAAGGGAUAUUAUUCAGUUUUUUCAUAAAUUUAAUAUGGAAUAAAAGUGUAACGGGGUUUUCUUAGAGUACUGGUAUACUCUUUAACAAGAAAAUUGUAAAGAGCUAUAAAAGGUUUAUGAGAAUCUUACUUCAUGGUCAAACAUUAAAAUUGGUUAGAGUUGUCCAUAAGGCUUUAUUAUGAAUUGAGUUUGACAUUAAUAGCACACAAAUGCAAAGGUAAAAUUUGACUUUCUCUUUUGAACAAGAUUUUCAUGUGUUGCUGAAAAAUAAUUAAAGAUUUUUGUUUGCCUUUUGAAUAAGCUAUAGAAAAACGAAGGGAAAGAAAAGAGACAGGUUUUUUUUGAGGGGGGGGAGUGGGGAAGCUAAGUAUUCCUGAAGACUUUCUUCCCAAAAAAGAAAGAGAAGAAAAACAGUGAGUAAAGGUUUUUGCCUUUAAAAACAUAUUUGAGUUGUUUUGGCCAAAUAAAUGACUUAUGGUGACCUGGGAUGCUAUUUUAUACUAUCAAAUGUUUUAAAUUUUUGAUAUUUGACCAACUUUUCAAAAUCAAGUUCUAAGUUAUGUCUUUUUCUAAGCUGAUUAGUCCUUUAGAUAUUAGGCCCCCUUAAGUCCAAAGAUGACAUAUUUGGCUUAUUUGGUACAUUAAAAUAAUACAGGAAACAUUGUCAAGUAUGAAAUCAUGUUUGGCUUUCUUUGGGCUGUAUUUGUAUAUAACUAUGUUCUUGUUAUGUGUUCCAAAAUUAUGGGAAACUCCUAUAAUUCUGAUAUGAAUUAAUGUACAUUAUUAAUAAUAAUUAUAAUUGUUAUGUUAAGUUAUUGUGUGCCACAGAGUUAUCCAAAUUUCCUACUCAGUGAUAUUAAUUUCUUUAAUCAUGGCUGCCCUAAGCCUUUUUGUCAUGCAUAGACAAUUGUCUUUUCAUUAUCUGUUUUUUUCCUCUUAAAAAGGAGGUUUAUAAUCAGCUGUAGGACUUUGAUGAGUACUUUUAAAUGCAGGGAGAAAGAAAACAACAUCCAAGACUCUCUGGGAAAACUAACAUAUAUAUAUCAAACAAAACAGGAAUUAAUUGCAUAGACUGAACUAAUAAAAGACUGAAGUAAUCUUUUAUGACUUUUUGCUUGAAACGUUGAUCUUUCUGUUUUGUUUUUCACAGUCAAGAAACCCCCUCUUUUUGAGCUAUUUUCAGCUUUUAACAGUUGAAUAAAGUAUGCUCCUAUAAGGAGUAUAAAACAAGGAGAUAAGCUUACUCAAAGCUUUCUUAAAUUGAACACAUAUUAAUCUUGGAUCUUUGUCUCUUUAGAUUAAGGAUUCCCUUGUAAAAGAGAGUAGGGAAGAAACAGGGCAUCUCCAUCUUAAAUAGGGGCUGGGUAAAAUGAGGCUGAGACCUCCUGGGCUGCAUUCCCAGGAGGGUAGGCAUUCUUUGUCACAGGAAGACCUAGGAAGUUGGCAGGACUGGUAUGUUAAGAUAGAGGUCAUAAACACCCUGCUGAUAAACAGGAUGAGGUAAACAACCUGCCACAUCUAAGAUGGUAAUGACAGUGACCUCUGGUCAUCCUUAUUGCUCAUUGUAUGUUACUUAUAAUGCAUCCGCAUGCUAAAAGACACUUCUGCCAGCACCAUGACAGUUACAAAUACCGUGGCAAUGUCUGGAAAUCACCCUAUAUGGUCUAAAAAAAGGAGGAACCCUCAGCUUCAGGAAAUCCCCACCCCUUUCCUGGAAAACUCAUGAAUAAUCCACCCUUUGUUUAGCAUACAUCAAGAAAUAACCAUAAAAAUAGCCAGCUAGCAGUGCUUGGGGUGCUCUGCCUCUGGAUCAGCUAUUCUUUUGUUUCUUUGCUUCUCUAAUAUGCUUGCUUUCACUUCGGUUCUGUGGGCUUGCCUCACGUUCUUUCUGGUGCAAGAUCUAAGAAUCACCUCUUGGGGGCUGGAUCAGGACUCCUUUCUAACACCUGCGUGAUACCUGAGGCGAUCAGCCUGCUCAUUCACCCAGCAAACCCGGAUGAAGCCCUCCCAUGUGUCUGGCACAAAGGGAGCUGAGGACCGCAGUUCUGGAACGCAGAGACAAUGUGUCUGUCCACAUCGCAGAUAGCAGGGCCAGGUUCUAGCCUGUGGCUGGAGGGCCAACACCUGCACCUUUUCUGGUACCCACCCUGCCUCUGUGACUCAGAGCAAUUGAGCACUUUAGCUCAGGCUGGAUUCAACCUUAUUGAACAACUUUGGGGCUCUUGUGCCCCAUCCCUGUGUCAGCGUCCCAAUCAUCAGGGGGCCUCGGACUCCUUCCUGCUCUGACUUUUUAGGGCUUUGAAUAAAACAAGACUCCACUGGAUCACCAAAGAGUUAAGCAAAGGAAAUCCCUGUCUCCCUUUAUCUCCCAGAACCCAGAGGCUGAGGGGAGGGAGGAGGGAGGAGGGGAAGUGGGAAGCGGCUCUGCCCGCUCCCUCCGCCCUCCCUCCCUCCACCCUUUCUCCCUCCAUCCCCUCCUCUCUCCCUCCUCUGCGGAGCCUGGGGGUCUGGGCCAGCAACAAGUUAGUAUUGCAGACAUGGGCCAAGGAAUCAGAGGCCAUGCAGUGGCUCAGGGUCCGUGAGUCGCCAGGGGAGGCCACAGGACACAGGGUCACCAUGGGGACAGCCACCCUGGAUUCCCUCUCGGCAGUGCUCCUGCUCUUUCUCCUGAUGUGUGAGGCCCCUGCAGUGGAGCUCACCUUGGACAGAGCUGUGGCCAGCGGCUGCCGACGGUGCUGUGACCCUGAGGACCCCCUGGUGCCUGACCAUGUGUCUGCAGCCUCUUCCUCCGUCCUCCCGCACGCCCUGCCUGAGGUCAGGCCCUACAUUAACAUCACCAUCCUGAAGGGUGACAAAGGGGACCCAGGCCCAAAGGGUAUCCCAGGGUCCAGGGGCAUGGAUGGUCCUCAAGGAGAGCCUGGUCCGCAGGGCAGCAAGGGCGACAAGGGGGAGAUGGGCAGCCCCGGCCCCCCUUGCCAGAAGCACUUCUUCGCCUUCUCGGUGGGCCGCAAGGAGGCCCUGCACAGCGGCGAGGACUUCAAGACGCUGCUCUUCGAAAAGGUCUUCGUGAACCUCGAUGGGUGCUUCGACAUGAGUGCCGGCCACUUCGCCGCUCCCCUGCGCGGCAUCUAUUUCUUCAGCCUCAACGUGCACAGCUGGAACUACAAGGACACGUACGUGCACAUCAUGCACAAUGAGAAGGAGGUCGUGGUCCUGUAUGCGCAGCCCAACGCCCGCAGCAUCAUGCAGAGCCAGAGCGUGAUGCUGGACCUGGCCUCCGGGGACCGCGUCUGGGUGCGGCUCUUCAAAAGCCAGCGCGAGAAUGCCAUCUACAGCAACAACUUCGACACCUACAUCACUUUCAGCGGUCACCUCAUCAAGGCUGGGGACGAUUGAGGGCCUCCGUCUGGGCCACCCUCUCGGCCGGAGAGCUCAGGGGCUGGCCCUGUCCCCUGCUAGGGUCAGUUUGCAUCGCGGUGAAGCGGGAACGCCAGGGAGGUCCCCGGGGACCUGGCGUUCUGGAAGGACCCUGUUUCUUUCUUGGCUGCCGCCGUCCCUCCCAGACUAUUUCUGCUCCUCUCUUCUCUCUUGGACCUAUUUUAAGAAACUUUCUAACCUAAAUAUUCUAGAACUUUUCCAGCCUCAUAGCCCAGCACUUCUCAAACUUGGAUGUGCACGUGAAUCACCCGGGGUUCGUGUUAAAUGUGGAUUCUGACUCAGUAGGUCUGAGUGGGUCCAGGAUUCUGCAUUGCUAACACAUUCCUGGGUGAUGCUGAUGCUAGCUAUCAGUCUAUGAACCACACUGGAGCAACCAGGUUCUAAAACUUUCUGAAUAUUCUAGUACUUUCUGAACAUUCUAGAAUCCUCCACACAUUCUAGAAUAUUCCCAACUUUUUUUUUUUUUCUUUGAGACAGGGUUUUGCUCUGUUGCCCAGGCUCGAGUGCAGUGGUGUGAUCUGGGUUCACUUCAACCUCUGCCUCCUGGGUUCAAGUGAUUCUCCUGCCUCAGCCUCCUUAGUAGCUGGGAUUACAGGCGCCUGCUAACAUGCCCGAAUAAUUUUUGUAUUUUUAGUAGAGAUGGGAUUUUACCUUGUUGGCCAGGCUGGACUCGAACUCCUGAUCUCAGGUGAUCCACCUGCCUCAGCCUCCCAAAGUGCUGAGAUUACAGGCAUGAGCCACUGCGCCUGGCCUCUCCCAACAUUCUUAAAUCCUCUCAUCCCUCCAGGGCUCCAUGUACUGUGUUCUCUUUGCCCCUUCCCCUCUUCUCUUGCUCACACCUGCACUGCCACAGCCACCGUUCAUUUAUUCACUCAUCAAACACCGAGCACUCACUCUGUGCUGGGUCCCGGGAAGGGUGAGCGAGUCAGACACAGGCCCUGCCCCUACCUCAGUGACCGGCCAGUCCAGCCAGGCAGGGAGAGAUGUGUACGCAGGUUUUGAAGCAGAUCCACAGCUCACACGGGUCUGUGUUCUGGGUGUUCAGGUGCUGCUGGUCCUCCGUAACCCACUGUUCCCCAAGGCAGACAGGACGGGGUCCCGGUGGCAGGGGCAGGUAUCCCCUCCCCGUUCCUCAUCCACCUGCCCAAUGUCCAUCGUUAAAGCAAACCCCAGGGGGCCUUGUCCAGGUCAAGGGUUCUGUGAGUAGAGGACUCAGGAGUGUGGGGGCUUUUGGGGGUGAAGGGACCCCGAGGAAUGGAGCCCACACCCAUAGCUCUCCCCACAGCUGAUUUGGCAGCCUGUGAGGAAACGUGCCCACCUCACUGAGAUCCCCUUCCUGCCCCCUCCCAGGGAUCUGCCAGGGCCUUGCUCACCUCCUUCCACCAAAGGCAUCCGAGCCCCAGUUUCCCCAGGACCUCCAGCUCAGACGCUGAUGUCUGUCCCCAGGUGCUCUCUGCCCCUCCUUCCCCUGUCCCUGGCCCAGUGCCCUGACUCUGCAGGCUUUAUCAAGGUGCUAAGGCCCCAGUGGACAGCUGCUCACCUCAGAGCCCUGCCCCAGCCUGGUGUUGCCUCUACAAACACCUGCAGGCCAAGGGCCAGGGCAGAAGCCCCAGGCUUUGGAGCCUUCAGCAGGUCUGGGGAGCUGAAGCAGGCUAUAUUCUGUCACUGGGAGAGGCCGAGGCAAAGGAGGGACCUGCGGCCUUCUGUUCCUUCUCUCAGGGUGGGGUGGCCCAGUGGCCCCCUAGCCUUCCAAACCCAGGUGGCCUGCUCUUCUCCCUAGAGGGAGGCGGCCUCUGCCCAUUGGUGCUCCUGCGGACUCUGGGGCCGAGGUGCUGGGGGGUGGUCUCUGGUGCUCACAGCCAAGGGAGCUGUAGCUCCAUGGCCGGAUGACAGGAACAGUGCCCCACAAGUGCCAGGAAGACUGGUGCUAUCAACCACCCCCCGACCAUGCCCUGCCCUUCCGUCCAGCAUGAUUAAACAGUGCUGUCUCCUC